CCAUAAUGGCGGCCGACGUUUCUCAAUUUGUAGGGAAGACAAUUUCCCUCCUAAGUUUAGAAAGGAAAGCUGAAAUUGAGGAGACUAAAUCUCUUCAAGAGAAUGUUAGUCCAAAGGAACUCCAAAGAAGGGGCGUUUGUCUCUUGAAACUUCGAAUCCGAAGCCGCAGGACGGGUUUGUAUGGACGACUACUUCUGACUUUUGAGAUAAAUCAGCCUGGUUCUGAUGGCAAACUCCCGACACAUUCCUUAACACCAGGAGAUAUAGUGGGAUUUAGCUGGUUAAAUUCCAAUCAAGCAGCAAAUGAUAUUUCCUCUGGAAUUGUAAGCCGUGUUUCCCAGACAGCUCUAACCGUAGCAUUUGAUGAAACAGCCGACACCCUCACAUUUGAUGAUGAUGGUCCAUUUAAACUCAUCAAACUAGCAAAUGACGUAACUCACAAAAGAAUCAAGAGUGCCCUCAACACCUUAACAAAGUACAGGGAGGGACCAGCUCCUCAUUUGAUUGAUGUACUGUUUGGGAAUGUACCUCCUGGAGCUCCAUUGCAAAUCAAGCCUUUCGUAGAAGGAGGAGAAAUGCCAUGCAUCUUCUUCAAUGACAGUCUUGAUGAUUCACAGAGGCAAGCUGUCAGGUUUGCAUUAUGUCAGAGAGAAGUGGCCAUAGUCCAUGGUCCACCUGGGACUGGGAAAACUACAACUGUUGUUGAGAUCAUUGUUCAAGCUGUGAAAAAUCUUAAAAUGAAGGUUUUAGCUUGUGCACCUUCAAACUUUGCUGUUGACAACAUGGUCGAAAAAUUAAUCAAAGGCAAAGUGAAG